AUGAGUGGAGAGAAAGAAGGGAACUCGUUCACUAUCCUCAGAAUUUAUGAUGAACCAGAGGAGAGGAAGUAUAAGUCAGAAGACUCUGACAUUUCCGCCCAGCAUGGGCUUGAAGCACAAUCCCAGCUGGAUGGGGUGUAUGAUAUACCUCAGUGGCCCCCAGUUUCUCCAGCACGGCAAAGCCCAGUUUAUCAGGAGAUGAGCUCUCUGACCCCACAGCAGUGGGCCCUCCAGGCCCUAGACAGGUCUGAGCUCCAGGCCAGCUGGUUCUCUGUGGGUGGGCCAAGAGAAGAUGCAGAGUUUGGUUCCAGCUGCCUACCAGGAUCCAGGUUUGGCCAGCCUUGUGCUUUGCCACCUUCCAGUGAUGAAGUCUGGUCAUUCUUCAAAGCAAUCCCUCCCGUUGCAGAUGAAAUAGUUGUCAGGCCGAGGGCCCCACGUGUACCCUUGAAGGUUGGCAGACUCCGCCACGGCAAGAGAGUCUGCGCCAUUGCCAUCAGCAGCUCGACUCACCACGUGUACACGUGUGGUCACGGCUACAUCAAGGUGUGGGACAAGAGUGCUCUGCACACCUGGAACAAGGCCCCUCAGGCUCAGCUGAACUUUCAGGACCAUCAGAACUGUGUCCUCACCUGUAAGCUGUUCCCCGACGAGCAGAGCCUGAUCACUGGCGGGGUGUCCCGGACCCUGACUCUUUGGGAUCUGGCACCCACACCUCGCAUCAGGGCACAGCUGGCCUCCACAGGCCCCAUAUGCUACUCGCUGGCCCUCUCCUCCAAUGCCCAGAUCUGCUUGGCUUGCUUCAAAGGAUUUGUUGAAAUUUGGGAUUUGCAGAACCAGAUCUUGAUCAGGAAGCAAGAAAUCCCUGAAUAUGGGUCCCGGUGCGUGGACCUCACAGGCAAUAAGUUCUGGACGGGAGGUGAAGACACCAGGCUGUAUUCCUGGGACCUGAGGAGUUGCCAGAAGCUGCAGCAGCUCAGUCUGCAUCACGAGAUCCUCAGCAUUACCCACGACCCCAGUGAGGAAUGGGUGUUAGUGGGCCUGAGAACAAGCGAUAUCAUAAUCCUGCACUCGAACCGGAAGGAGAAGUUUAAGGCCUCCAUCAAUAAAUACGUCCACCACCACAACCUGAAGUUUGCCUCCUGUGGGAGCUAUUUUGUGACCACACUGGGCGAGUCAAUCCACUGCCUAGCUGCACCUUCUCUGCAGAGGUUGUUCCAGGAAGAGGAGUCUACAGAAAUCGUGUGUUGUGAUGUGUCCUCCGACAACCAGUACCUGGUCACGGGCUCCAAGAACUGUGCCUCAGUUUACCAGCUCUUGUAUUGA